UUCAUGCGAAGAAUGUUAUAAGAAAAUUGUUAAAGAUUUAUUUCCGAAGCCUGUAGAAAACAAAACUAACGUCUCUCUCUAACAGGAUGCUCUCUCUGGGAAUCAUGUCUCGACAAAUGCGAAAUUUGAUGUGGCUUAUGAUCAUUUGUUGUUCUACAUGCCAGAUAAGCAGUUCUGAAAAUCAGAUCAAAAUCGACAUCCAAGUCUGUUUGACUGAUGAAUAUUUCUGGAACAGAAGUAGCUCACCAUAUCCAGAUAAUAACAUAUAUAAUUUUUACAUAAAUGUCACACUAAACAUCGAGCCUGUUAAUCCUGGAGAGAAAUGUAAAAAUGCGGUAUAUAAAAAAGAUCUAUGCAGCGGGAAAGAAGGAAGUAGAUAUGCUCUGCAUUAUACAAAUAAUCAAUGGAAGUGCGUGACCUGUGUUGAUGCAAAAUCAACCACCAUUACACCACUGCCACACACCACAUCUCACAAUCCAACUACCAGUGUAGCAACAAAUAUGACAACUUCCUAUUCAACUACUAGUGUCACGCCAAAUACGACAACUUCGGACACAACUACCAGUGUAGCAACAGAUAUGACAACUUCCUAUUCAACUACUAGUGUCACGCCAAAUACGACAACUUCGGAAACAACUACCAGUGUAGCACCAGAUUUGCCAACUUCCUAUUCAACUACUAGUGUCACGCCAAAUACGACAACUUCGGACACAACUACCAGUGUAGCACCAGAUUUGACAACUUCCUAUUCAACUACUAGUGUCACGCCAAAUACGACAACUUCGGACACAACUACCAGUGUAGCACCAGAUUUGACAACUUCCUAUUCAACUACUAGUGUCACGCCAAAUACGACAACUUCGGACACAACUACCAGUGUAGCACCAGAUUUGACAACUUCCUAUUCAACUACUAGUGUCACGCCAAAUACGACAACUUCGGAAACAACUACCAGUGUAGCACCAGAUUUGACAACUUCCUAUUCAACUACUAGUGUCACGCCAAAUACGACAACUUCGGACACAACUACCAGUGUAGCAACAGAUAUGACAACUUCCUAUUCAACUACUAGUGUCACGCCAAAUACGACAACUUCGGACACAACUACCAGUGUAGCACCAGAUUUGCCAACUUCCUAUUCAACUACUAGUGUCACGCCAAAUACGACAACUUCGGAAACAACUACCAGUGUAGCACCAGAUUUGACAACUUCCUAUUCAACUACUAGUGUCACGCCAAAUACGACAACUUCGGAAACAACUACCAGUGUAGCACCAGAUUUGACAACUUCCUAUUCAACUACUAGUGUCACGCCAAAUACGACAACUUCGGACACAACUACCAGUGUAGCACCAGAUUUGACAACUCCCUAUUCAACUACUAGUGUCACGCCAGAUACAAUAACACCCGAUCCAAAUUCCAUUGCUGCACCAGAUAUGGCAACCCCGAACCCAACUAAAAUCUUCACACCAAAUACAACAACUCUCAAACCAACUUCCAGUUUCACAUCAUAUACGACUACUCCCAAACCAACUACAAGUUUUGCAUUGUAUAAGACAACUUCUGACCCAGCUACCAGUUUCACAUCAUAUAUGACAACUCCUGGGCCAAUUACAACUCCUGGAUAUACUGAUUCCUCAAAGGCAUCUGAAGCCUUGGACAAUCUGGGGUCCAAGAUGGAAGAGAUGGAAAAAAGCAAUAAAAGCAAUGAGGCAGUUGUCAAGGAAGAUGCUGUUGGUCUCGUUCAUGUUCAAGCCAAGAACAAAGAAACCAAAGAGAUCAACAUAUGCUACUCUUCAGAUCAUGCUAUGGUUGUUGAGAGCCAAAGUGACAUGAAUACAAACUGUUCCUGGUCUGUAAAGAUUUCCAAGGAGGCUUUAAAUAAAUCACGUCUUGAAAACAAUGGCACUGCAUUUGUUGGAGUUCUACGAUUCUAUAACAUGAGAAAUAAGAAUGAAACCAAAAUUCACACUGUUUUGAACAAUGAGGUUUAUGGAAUCACAAUGAGGGCCAACAUCUCCAACCUUACGGAAAAUAUUGACAUGUACUUUAAAUAUAAAAAUCUGGAUGGAAAUGCAUCCUGUGUUUCUUGGGAUGGCAAAGGAGAACUUAAAUGGACAACAUUCGGCUGUGAGACAUUAAUCAACAACAACACCAUAAAGUGUUCCUGCUCACAUCUGACGUUCUUUGCAGUGCUGAUGUCUCCAGAUGCAAAUAUGACAGCACCUUACCUGGAAUCAUUGACCUUAAUUUCUUCUGUCGGUUGCGGCAUCUCCUUGUUUUUUAUGGCCAUCGCAUUAUUCAUGCAUUUCCUCCUACGGAAAGCCAAAUCAAAUCAGGCCACGAAGAUCCUGAUGAACAUGUUUGUGGCUUUGUCUCUACUGAAUGCCUCGUUUUUGUCAAACGAGAGCGUCGCUAACACAGGAGACAACGCUGCGUGUGUCUUCAUAGCGCUGCUCCUGCAUUACUCCAUGCUGGCCUCAUUCACCUGGUUCUUCAUUCAAGCUCUUCAUAUGUACUUAUGGCUCAUCAGACAGAACGUCUCCAUCACAAACUACAUGAGGAAGAUCACCGUGUUGGGCUGGGCGUGUCCGGCUCCAAUAGUCGUAGUUAUCGUUUCUGUAGGAGGAUAUAAAGCGAUGGCCCUAAACACAACGUCUGGAAAAAUCGCACGAAUGUGCUGGAUUACAGAUUUGUACAUUCACUACAUAGUGAACAUCGGCUACUAUGCUUUAGUUUUCAUCUUCACGACAGGAAUCUUCAUCAUGAUCGUCACUAAAGUAAUUCAGGCCAGAAACAUAAAAGCAACGAACAGCAAGAGAAAGACGUUCAGAAAGCAGCUGAUGAUGGUGUUGAGUUUGUUCCUGCUCUUCGGUCUGACGUGGUCUGUGGCGUUCUUCAGUUAUGGACCGAUGCUCGUUCCCUCAUAUUACAUAUUCACUGUGCUCAACUCGUUUCAGGGGUUUUUCCUCUUCCUGUAUUACUACCACAUUCACAAUGACGUCGCGGGUAUUUUCUCUGAUGAUCCUGAAAACAUGGACUCCACAACAACCAUCACUCAAUCCAGCAUUAAUGCUGUAGAAAAUAUUUAUAACUAGCAUAAUUUAGACAGAAGGCUUUAUUUGUCUCUGACUGAUGUUGAAACUGAUUUGUAAAGUCGUUGGUUAAGGGCAAACUGUGUAUUCUCACCAAAAUCAAGUUAAAAAACAACACAAAGACAAAUGUCAUGAUUGAACAAGAAAGAACUGUUUAAAAUUAUAAAAAUGGUACAUUUUUGUGAAAUAACUCAAGACGAAUGACAAAUAUCUGUUGAUUAUUAUUGUUUCUGUCUAUUAUCGUAGAAGGAUUUAACUGUGCUUUCAAAUCUCUGGUAUGAUCUGUAUGGUGCCCCUGCGUUGACAUGUUCAGUUCACGUUUUGUCGCGGCCACAAGAUAGUAAUUUGUGGGAAUGUAACAUUAUGUAAUGCCCUUGAGGUGUUAUGUUAUUAUCCAACAUAUUUUUCUCAGGGUCACGAGUUCAAUAUGUAAACAAACCUUCAUGACCAUAGCAACCCAGGAUUAUCAGAUAAUCAGAGAUAAGCAAACAUUUUCAUA